AUGGGGGCCAAGCAGAAGCCUGUGCAGAAAAAGCCGGCGACGGCGAAGCCCAUCAGCCAAGGCGGGCUCGGAGACUAUGCGCAGAUCGAUGUGCGCAGCGCCCAAGAUCUGGAGCGUUGGCUGAAAGCUCAUCACAAGCAGGAUAAGUCCGUGUGGAUUACUCGCUGGAAGCAGGGCACCAAGUUUCACGUGCCGUUGCCCGACAUCGUCGCCGAAGCGUUGGCGUGGGGGUGGAUUGACAGCCAUACUCGCAAGCUGGACGACCAGCGGAGUCUGCUGCUGAUUUCCCCGCGCCGGAAAGGCAGUGCCUGGUCUGCUCUGAACAAGACCUAUGUUGCCCAGCUGGAGAAGGCUGGCCGAUUACAGCCAAGUGGCCGCGCGAAGAUCGAGCAGGCCAAGAAGGACGGCUCCUGGAAUUUCUUGGAUGAUGUCGACAAGUUGAUCGAGCCACCCGAUUUGAAGGCGGCCUUGAAGAAGACAGGACUCCUGGACGCCUGGCGGCGCAUCGCGCCCUCCCAGCGCCGGGGCCUCCUGGAGCGGUUGAAGCAGGCGGUGAAGCCUGAAACUCGCAGCAAGCGCAUUGCUGAGAUGGUGACCGCUGCGCAAAAGUCCUAA